AUGUUUGGGUGGGAGCAGUACCUGUACGCGGAAGGUUACAACUUGCAGAUCAGCCCCCAGCCGCUGAAGGAAGGAGCCUGGACCUAUCCCCAGCAGUGUAAGCAGGAAGAAGCUGAUCACAUGACCCCAGGCGGAUGCAGUAAGAGGAAUCCGGCAGAAAGCUGUGCCGGUGUCACCUAUCCUCAGGACGGCACGGGGAGGGAGAUCAGGACGGAGGAUUACCAGGCGGAGGCCGGAGAUGGAACCAUUCAUUGUAAGGAGGAGGAGGCGGAGCCAGACUACAUCUCAGCAGACCGGUCGGAAGUGGAAGUGAAGCUGUAUCACUGCACGGAGUGCGACGAAUGUUUCACCGAGCUCUCCGACUUCUCCUUCCACCAGAAAGCUCACAACGCCAACCACCUCUUCUCCUGCGCCAUCUGCCGCGUCUCCUUCAAGUCGGAGUCGACGUUCGUGAAGCACCAGCGCUGCCACCUGGAGCGGCCGUCCAGCCCGUGCGUGGGGGAUCGCAGCUUCACGGUCAGGUCCACCAUCGUCCGCUACUCCGGGGAGAAGCCGUUCCAGUGCUUGGAGUGCGGCCGUUGCUUCGCCCUGAAGUCCACGCUGGUCAAACAUCAGCGCGUCCACACGGGCGAGAGGCCGUUCGUGUGCCGCCAGUGCGGCCGCUCCUUCUCCCAGAGCUGCAACCUCCUGCGACACAAGAGACGCUGCACGGCGGCCAAAAUAACCACCGGUCUAAAUUAG